CACCAUCACGCUUUUGGAUUCGGCGGAAAAGGAAAGGCGGUGGCUUAAAUCAAGCCCUACAACCGUCUAUUCCAUCCAAAGCAAAUAAUCCAGCCAUCUUGUGAUCCUCUCAGGUCUCGAUGGUCAAUUGGUCGAUUUUCAUGAUACCCACUCCGUACCUGGUCAUGCUUUGCUUACCUGGCACAUUUUUUGGCGCCCCGGAUUCUUGGCUUCCUAAUUCCGCGAUGCAUCUUCUUCCCCGUGUUUCUUUCGGAAACCACUCUUGUGAUAGUGUUGAUGUUACCACGAUUGAUGUGAGUUUCUUGUCUUUUUCUUCUCUCCAGGGCGCACUUGCCGCCCAUCUCGGCAUCUCUCUCUGUCCACUUGAUAUCCCCCUCAGCUUUGGUUUUGAAUUCGUCUUGGUCAAGCGUCACACUGUCCACGAAACACCUUUCUCUCUCUGGUUACCCUUUAUACAACCCGGCAAGCAGUCUUUGAUCCUGUGUACUAUCUUUUGGAGGGCCUCCGGGGACUCUUUAUAUUUCCUUUUCUGUCUGUCCCUUUCGCUGUGCCCUGAUCAGGGCCAUUUUCGACAUCUCAAUGUCAAGGGAUCUACAUCCCUUGGUCUGUCGAGAUAUCUCUCUUUACCACACGGGCUCAGUGGAUUGUCCCAGCUCUUUCUACCUUUUCUUGUACUACAUACACCACAUUCGUCCAUCAUUUCCUUAUCUGUUUUCCAGUCUCUGCUACUAUAACCGCGGUCGAUCUGUCGACCGCGCUGCACUCUCUUCUCUGAUUUGUUAUACUUUCCUUCUGACACAUUCCAUCCACACUCCCUCUUAUCUCCUAUCCUGUUUUCUUUCAUUUUCAUUUUUUUUUCUCUAUAUUCGAUUUCCUUGCCUCUUCGUUUUUGACCUACUCACCACCUCGUCUAACCCGGAUAUUGUUUGCCAUCACUUGAAUCACUGUUUCUAUUCUCUGUUGUAUAAUUUGAAUGGGGAGAAGCGAAAGCAUCGUUUGUCGUGAGCAGGUUUGAGCGACUUAAUUAUGUCAAUGUUUUAAUUGUUUUUUAUUUUUUUUUUCCCUCUGCUUUUUCUCUUUUUUCGCAUGUUCAUCUUUUUUUAACCUCCCUCAUUCUUGAUUUCUGUUUAGAAGAUUGAUUGAUAGAAGAAGUACAGCGCUGCAAACAAGCAAGUCUCUAGAGAAUUGAUACCAAUAUGCUCUUGUUCUUAUCUAUCUCUG